AUGGACUGCCUGAAGAUGCUAAAUAUCAAGUAUGAAGCAAAUAAAGAGGUUUGGCAGUUCAGAGUUCCUCAGACCUUUUACUGCUUCUGGCAGCCUUUGCUGUCAGGCCUCCUCUCUCGGAGUUUUACACAGACCCUAAUAGAGAAGAUGUUCAUGGAGCUGAAGGAAUGUUCUGAUUCCUCAGAGCUCCGACCUCAGUUCCUGAUCAACUGGAUUUCUGAGCUGCUGACUGGCAUUGCCAAAGUCAACACUGGGAAGAAGAGACAGCACUGUAACAAACAGAUGCCUGUGAAGGAGCUGUUCCUCCAUAAAGUUCCUUUGCAGUGGAUAAGACUGACUGACAGUUGCUUGGAAGCUCCCUGCUGGGCAACCCCACAUCUUCUUCAGCUGAUCCUCACCAUCAUGAGACCUCGCUUGCCACGUGCUUCUCAGAAGAACCUUCUCUAUCUUGCUUCCGUUUACACAGAGGGAGGUCCCCCUUUGUCCAGCCCAGGGCUCUCUUCAGAUGGCAGUGAACAGCCAAUUUACACUAUAGAGAGCUUACAGUGGAGAGCCAGGCAAGAAAAUCAGGUCAAAAAUCAAGGGCAGACUGUAGAGAAACAAGAAGAUGUGCUGGAGAGAGAUGAUGGUGUAGAGGAGGAGGAGGAGGAGGAAGAGAUGGUAACUGAAGCAAAUCCUUUGGAAGGACUUGCUUAUCCUGGGAACAUGGUGGCUCUUGCUGAGAAAAGGGCAGCACUGCAAGGGUCUCCCUGGCACAUCACUGCAGAUGAAGUACGAUGGAAAGACUUUGCUCUUGGGAAACUCCCAGGUCAGACAGAUGACCCCGAUGGUCUCAUGUUGGAUAGUUACUCCAUGAUGUCCCUGCUGGAUCAGCCAGUGAGAGACGAGUGGAAGUCGUUCAACACAAACUCAGCAGAACUGAAUGUUCCUGUGACAGGAGGAUUGUUGUGGACCCAGAAUGACUUCCACAAAAUAAAAAGUGGCCUUCAGCUUUUCUGAGCCAGCAGCAGAGUGCUCUGUGGCCUUCGGUAU